CCAAGUGUUAUUUAAAAUAUAAUUGUCUUACUCAUAAUUUAGAAUGUUGCUGCCUUAAACACUCCUAGUUUUAAUACAUUCAUCACACCCUUAGUUACACACCCUUACUGUCACUUUCUUUCUCCCAAAAUCUGGUCCUGCAAGCAUUGGUCCUCACCCUAUCCAGUUGAGCAGGUCUUUGCAAAGUUAAGAGGGAAGAUCCAAGGAACCUGCUGUCAUUUCAGCACAGAUCUCAGAAAAGCUACACUCACAAGCCCCAACUGGACUGUGUUUGCCUGCUGUGAGAGAGGAACCAACGAGAAAGAGACCAAGAGUAGAAGAACGAGGGGGAGGGAGAUGCGUGCCAUCAGCCUGGCACUGCCAUUGGCAGCAUGGCUCUUCAGUUCAGCACUGGCAGCUAACAAUCUAGAAGAAGAGAAUUACCUUAUUGAACAACAAGACACAAUGUUUUCCUACUCCUGUGCAUUCAAUGGGCAAAACCUAUUUGAAGGAGAUUCUGUAAACUUAUCAUGCAGCAACUGCUCUUGUGUUAAUGGAAAGAUGUCCUGCUUGAAAAAUCUGUUCUGCGAAGGUGUAUGCUCUGUGACUGGCUCUCUGAUUGUGCGUACGUUUGAUGACGCUUCUUUUCAGGUUUUUGGGCCUUGUCAGUACAUCUUGGUAAAAACUGAACAGUUUACCAUUUUUCUGAACAACAUGCCCUGCCUGACGAAUGAAGAAGCAGUCUGUAUUCAGUCUGUGGUUUUCACAGUUCCUGGCAGCUUCACCUUGACGAUAUGGAAUAAUGGAAGUGUAACAUCUCCAGCAGGAGAAGUGACCAUGCCUUACUUGCUGGAAAACUAUCUAACUGUGAAGAAGGUGACCUCAGACUUCUUAGAACUUACAGCUACUUUUGGAGUUGUCAUCCAAUAUGAUCUGGAGGGGAACAGGGUCUAUACUAUUCUUGAUUCAUCCUAUUCUGGAAACACUAAAGGUCUCUGUGGAAACUAUGAUCAUAACAAGAACAAUGAGCUAAUCACUCCCAGUGGUAUGCUAGAAACCCAGCCAUAUUACUUUGUUCAGUCAUGGAAAGUUUCAUCAGCAUGUACAGAUAUAGUUAACAACGAAAUUAAUGUUGCUGCUGCAGCAUGGAUAACAGCAGAACAAGAAUGUCAGAAACUUAAGAGUUCAGUUUUUAAGGAUUGUGAAUCUGUGGUUGACCCAUAUCGAUAUGUGGAAAACUGCAAACUGAGCGUCUACAACAAAGGCAAUGACGACAAAACCUUGUGCUCAAUCCUUAUUGAUUAUGCUGACCAAUGCUUGCGAAAUGAGAUUAACACACAGGUAUACGAAGCAUUCCCUGAGUGUGCUUCCCAAUGCACAGACCCAAAUGCUGUAUUUGUAUCUAAUGGCAGUCUUGCCCAGACUGACUGUCGAUCACUUUCAGACAACCUAGUUAUCGACUUUGCUACUGAAUUCUUCCCAUCUGGAUGCAUCUGCUCAGAAAAUUACUUUUAUGACUCCCUGACAAACAGCUGUGUCACUGCAGAUAAUUGUCCAUGUUAUGUUGGCACAAAGACCUUCAAUCCAGGAGAAGCAAUCAUUGAUGGCUGUAUUUGUAAAGCAACACAUUCUUGCAUUUCUCAAUCAAUGAGCGCCAACAUCACCGUUUAUGGUGAGUGCCCUGAAAAUGAGAUCUUCAUAAGUUGCAUGGAUGACAAAAAGGGCAAGAACUGUGAAGCCAGUUGUUAUAACCUAGAGAUGGUAGGCCAAGUGUGUGGAGGCACAUGUGAGCCAGGCUGUGUGUGCACAUUUGGCUAUGUAAGGAACAAUGUAGGGUCCUGUGUUCCCAUCAGCGAGUGUCCCUGCUCAUUCAAAGAUGAUCUUUAUUUCCCUGGAGAGAGUAUUUUGGUGGAGUGCAACACAUGCACUUGUUCCAAUGGAAAAUUUACAUGCACAGACAAUGUGUGCAGUGCUGUUUGUAAUGCUUAUGCAGAGUCCCAGUUCCUCACGUUUGACAUGUUUUGGGAAAAGUUUCCCCCAGUGCAAUGUGAAAUCAUACUCACCAAGGGGCAGUAUAACCAGAACACAGAUUUUGAGGUCACAGUUCAGAGCAGCGGCUGCCCAGAAUAUGGAAAUGCAGUCUGCAGAAAGCAAGUUAAUGUUAAUUUUGGACAAACACAAGUGGUCCUUUUAGGAUCAGAAGUCACAGUGGUGAAUACAGACAACAACUUUUUGCCAAACAUCUAUGAUGCUGGAUUUUACACAGUUGUGGAGUUUAUCCAAGGAAUUACAGUUUACUAUGAUGCUCAUCUUGAUGUGAUCAUUCAGAUUCAACCAAACCUGAGGGGUGGACUGUCUGGUAUGUGUGGAGAUGCAGAUGGUAGUACAGUGCAAGAGGCCGCCUAUGGAAAUAUGCUGUCUUAUGGUGUGAAAAAUAUCAUUGGAGAGUGCAUAGUUUCAAGUGUCUCGCCCAGUAAUGUGUCUGAGAAACUCAUGAAAUACAUAGAAAGCAGAUGUAGCAUCUUGAAGAGUGAUGUAUUUGCCUCAUGCCACUCUGAGGUGCCAGUAAAUAACUACUACCUGUCGUGUGUGGAGGAGACAGUAGAGUGUAAUGAUGGUGAUGCCUGCCUUUGCUUCUGCUCCUCAGUGGCUGCAUAUGCAAGAGCAUGCUGCCGCAAGGGUAUUGCCAUAGACUGGAGAACUCCAGACAUGUGCCCUGCUCCUUGUGAAUACUUCAACAGAGAGCUGGGAAGAGGACCAUUUGUUUUGCAAAAUCCUAACAACAAUGCCAUCAUUGCCAGUAUCAACACAGGAGUGGUUUCAAUGGUGCCCUAUGAACCGAGUAACAUAAUUAGUCAAAGCUUCAUGAUCACAGAAGGGCUCUACAAAGAUCCUUAUAGUCCCAAGAGACUGGUCUCAUUAGAAUCAGUGCAGCACCCAAAUUACUUUAUUGUUUACAAUAAUGAUGGCACUGUUGCUCUGAAGAAGUGGCAGUCUGCAUCCAGCUUCCGUCUUCAUAGCACCUUCGUGUUCCGCCAGGAUCGCUGGAUAAAAGGUUAUGACGCCUAUGAGUCAUAUGUUUCUCGAGGCUACUACCUCAGUAGUCGCCCAGACAGUACUGUUAAAGUCAGCAAGUUUAUGUCUGGGAUGACCAGCUUCAUGAGCUUCAAAGCCAGUGUACAAUCUCUUGGUCUGGCAUCAAGCAAGCUAUGCAUUUGGAGCUACCAGCCGUGUAGCUCUCCAUGCAUCAAGACCUGCCGGGACCCAGAUGGCACUGCAUGUACACUGGAUGUAAAGGUUGAAGGCUGCUACCCUCAGUGUGCCCCAGACAGGCUCUUUGAUGAAGUUACUCACCGCUGUGUCUACAAAGAGGACUGUUAUAUACCACCAGUGACAACUGCACCUCCAUCAACAACAACUGAACUCUCUCCAACAACCACUCCAUCUUUGACAACAAUUUCCCAAGAAACACCUCCUGUGACAUUUACAACUCCUCCAAUGUCAUUAACCACUCCUCUAUGUGACAAAAGAAAUUGUCCACCAGUGUUGGAUUGUGAAAAUCCUAAACAUGUCAAAAUGACUACUAAAGACCAAAAUGGCUGCUGUGAUGUUGUACAGUGUGUGCCCACCAGUGGUCCUGAAAUAUCAAUAAACCCUACCUUGGGAACAAGCAGUGUAACGAUUACUACUGCACAGCCCAGUACAACAUAUGAAACCUCUGGUGAAAGUGAAACCACAACUAUAAACCCAGACCAAACAGGAAUGAUUGUGACAGAUACCACUGAGACUGAAAAACCAUCAGGAUCAAGUACUGCAGCUAGUACCAUUACACAGCUUGCUUCAACAUUUGAACCAUCUACUGAUGGAGGUUCUGGUGAAAGUGAAACAACAUCUUUUCCCGAAUCUUUACCAAGCAAGAUAAAGGUGGAGACACCAACAUUUACAACAGAAGGUCAGACUACCAUACCUGCACAAACCAAUCAGUAUACUACAUCAGUUGGUUCAAGUUCAACACCUGGACAAACAACUAAUCCAGGCACAACACAAGGUCAGACUACCACAACUGGACAAACAAGCAAACCUGGUACAACUGAAGGUCAGACAACCAUACCUGGACAAACAACUCUGUAUACUACAGCAGUCGGUCCAAGUUCAACACCUGGACAAACAACUAAACCAGGCACAACGCAAGGUCAGACUACCACAACUGGACAAACAAAUAAACCUGAUACAACAGAAGGUCAGACAACCAUACCUGGACAAACAACUCUGUAUACUACAGCAGUCGGUCCAAGUUCAACACCUGGACAAACAACUAAACCAGGCACAACACAUGGUCAGACUACCACAACUGGACAAACAAGCAAACCCGGUACAACAGAAGGUCAGACUACCAUACCUAGACAAACUACUGAAACACAUGUUACUUCCACAACUGAAUUAAGCCCUGCAACUAGUACCAUUACACAGCAUACUACAACAUUUGAACCAUCUACUGAUGGAGGUUCUGGUGAAAGUGAAACAACAUUUUAUCACACAACUUUACCAAGCAAGAUAAAGGUGGAGACACCAACAUUUACAACAGAAGGUCAGACUACCAUACCUGGACAAACAACUCAGUAUACUACAUCUGGACAAACAACUGAACCAGGCACAACACAAGGUCAGACUACCACAACUGGACAAACAAAUAAACCCGGUACAACAGAAGGUCAGACUACCAUACCUGGAGACACAACUCAGUAUACUACAUCAGUCGGUCCAAGUUCAACACCUGGACAAACAACUAAACCAGGCACAACACAAGGUCAGACUACCACAACUGGACAAACAAGCAAACCCGGCACAACAGAAGGUCAGACUACCAUACCUGGAGAAACAACUCAGCAUACUACAUCAGUCGGUCCAAGUUCAACACCUGGACAAACAACUAAACCAGGCACAACACAAGGUCAGACUACCAUACCUGGAGAAACAACUCAGUAUACUACAUCAGUCGGUCCAAGUUCAACACCUGGAGAAACAACUAAACCAGGCACAACACAAGGUCAGACUACCACAACUGGACAAACAAGCAAACCCGGUACAACAGAAGGUCAGACUACCAUACCUGGACAAACAACUCAGCAUACUACAUCAGUCGGUCCAAGUUCAACACCUGGACAAACAACUAAACCAGGCACAACACAAGGUCAGACUACCACAACUGGACAAACAAGCAAACCCGGUACAACAGAAGGUCAGACUACCAUACCUGGAGAAACAACUCAGCAUACUACAUCAAUCGGUCCAAGUUCAACACCUGGACAAACAACUAAACCAGGCACAACACAAGGUCAGACUACCACAACUGGACAAACAAGCAAACCCGGUACAACAGAAGGUCAGACUACCAUACCUGGACAAACUACUGAAACACAUGUUACUUCCACAACUGAAUCAAGCCCUGCAACUAGUACCAUUACACAGCAUACUACAACAUUUGAACCAUCUACUGAUGGAGGUUCUGGUGAAAGUGAAACAACAUUUUAUUACACAACUUUACCAAGCAAGAUAAAGGUGGAGACACCAACAUUUACAACAGAAGGUCAGACUACCAUACCUGGAGAAACAACUCAGCAUACUACAUCAGUCGGUCCAAGUUCAACACCUGGACAAACAACUAAACCAGGCACAACACAAGGUCAGACUACCAUACCUGGAGAAACAACUCAGUAUACUACAUCAGUCGGUCCAAGUUCAACACCUGGAGAAACAACUAAACCAGGCACAACACAAGGUCAGACUACCACAACUGGACAAACAAGCAAACCCGGUACAACAGAAGGUCAGACUACCAUACCUGGACAAACAACUCAGUAUACUACAUCAGUCGGUCCAAGUUCAACACCUGGACAAACAACUAAACCAGGCACAACACAAGGUCAGACUACCACAACUGGACAAACAAGCAAACCCGGUACAACAGAAGGUCAGACUACCAUACCUGGACAAACAACUCAGCAUACUACAUCAGUCGGUCCAAGUUCAACACCUGGACAAACAACUAAACCAGGCACAACACAAGGUCAGACUACCAUACCUGGAGAAACAACUCAGUAUACUACAUCAGUCGGUCCAAGUUCAACACCUGGAGAAACAACUAAACCAGGCACAACACAAGGUCAGACUACCACAACUGGACAAACAAAUAAACCCGGUACAACAGAAGGUCAGACUACCAUACCUGGAGAAACAACUCAGCAUACUACAUCAAUUGGUCCAAGUUCAACACCUGGACAAACAACUAAACCAGGCACAACACAAGGUCAGACUACCAUACCUGGACAAACAACUCAGCAUACUACAUCAGUCGGUCCAAGUUCAACACCUGGACAAACAACUAAACCAGGCACAACACAAGGUCAGACUACCACAACUGGACAAACAAAUAAACCCGGUACAACAGAAGGUCAGACUACCAUACCUGGACAAACAACUCAGCAUACUACAUCAGUCGGUCCAAGUUCAACACCUGGACAAACAACUAAACCAGGCACAACACAAGGUCACACUACCACAACCAGACAAACAACUACCACAAAUCAAAGUAGCAAGCCUCCUUGUAACAUGAGCAAAUGUAAACCAGUUCAACCCUGCACUAAGACUGGGUGCCAACACAAUCAUCAAACUGGAUUCCUCUCAUUGCUGUAACAUAAGUGCUUGUGAGUGUCCACCACUUUCACAAUGUCUUUACCUCCACCCUGUUCUAGUGGUCUUGCUGCCCCUAAGUUUGACCCCAACAAAGAGUGCUGUCCUGUUUAUACUUGCCCAUCAGUUGUUGGAACUACAACAAACCACCCCACUUCUCAAAGCUCAGCUACUCCAACACAUGUAAGUAAGAAUCCUUGCAGUGAUAUUGUAUGCCCAAGUAAAACAUGUGGACCUGGUGACUAUGUCACAAGUGAACCAAACCCCUUUAACCCCUGCUGCCCUCAACUGAGCUGUCAUUCCAAGUGUCAAUGUAGUUCUGUGCCUACAUGCAGCAGCACACAAGAGCUGGUUACUGUAAAUGUUUCUGGUCAAUGUUGUCCAAAACUUAAGUGUG